UAUAAAAGACUUUUAAUUCAUUCGAGUUGAUCACAACACCCUUUGUAUCCACCUUGAUAAGGCAGUUUCCAAAAAUCCCAAUCCAAUACAAGAUGAAGUACCUUUUCGUGGUUGCUCUUGUUGCCCUGGCCAUCCAGGUGGCUUCCUCUGCUACAACUACAACAACUGAUGCCACCACAACAACCUCUGCGGCAACAACAACCACUGCAGCAACAACCACGACGACAACCGCCUCUUCCACCCACAAAAAGCGCUGUUGGAGGGGCAACAACUGGUGCCACACUCGCAUCCCCAAGAGGAAGUGCAAGCACCCAAAGAGGUGCCACAAGACCGUCGUGAUUGUGACCCACAGGAAGAACUAAGGACUUAAGAUCAACAAGUUUGAAGAAAAUAAAACAAUAAACAAGACCUAUAAUCCAGUUACUAUUAUUUUUAUACGUACUACUUCAAUAACCAAAGUAACUUUCCGAUUAUAGUCACAUAAACUUA